AUGUCCUUAGAAAAGGAUUUGACAGUACCCACUAAAUUGAAAAAUACUCUACAAGAAAAUUUAAGGCUUCGUGAAGAACUGAUGGAUGCUACCAACAAACAGCAUCAAGAAAUGUCUCGAGCAAUCGAGUUGAAUGCAAAGAAUUGUAAAUUAAAGAAACAAAUAUAUAGAGCUAAGAAAGAAGUUUUCAUAUUACAAGGUAAAAAUGUACGGAACAUACAA